AUACUUUUUGAACCGUUUCCUUUGCCCACCACGUUCGGUGCUCCCCGUCUUCUGCAAGGUCACGGGCAUAUCCCGCUUGUUUCCAGCCUUGUCUUUUGUUCUCGCAUUGCAGUCCCUCGCGGUUACAGAUAGUUCACACCUGCGGGAGCCAGCGUGAGUUCAUGUAAAAGUACAAAUGGAUCGCUGUCGUCUCAAAUUCAUUAGAAUUAUGCCCCUCCGCGAUAACGGAAGCGGGGACGAUGAUGAUGACGAUGACGACGAUGUAUCUAGCACCACAACUACACACCAUACCACCAGUACCUCCACCUCUAUACAUCCUUCCAGCUCCAGCUUUUUCCUUGGCUCCAGCUCCUUCUCCGGCAUCAGCUCCUCCAGUUCCAGUUCCUUCUCUGGUUCCAGCUCCUUCUCCGGUUCCCCCAUCCCCACCUCUACAAUCACUACUCAUUUCAGUUCCACCCCUAUUACUCAGUCCAGCUCUGUCUCUACAAUUGCCGAUGCAGGCAUGUCAGAUUAUACAAGCACUACUAGUAGUACCAGUUCCUCAAGCUCAGGGCAGCACAGUGUACAUGGCUUAACUUCAACUGCCAGUCACGGCCUCAGCACUGGAGCGCGAGCCAGUUUAUCAUGCGGAAUAAUGUUUUCUUUAAUAUUAUCCGCACUGGUAGUUUGUUAUAUCAGGAAACGGUCUUCUCGCCCUUGGGAUCAAAUUAUUGAUGAACCUACCAUUCCUUCCUCGGAAAUCAGUCAAUAUUGCCCCCCUAAUUUCAUGGCUCCUCGGGAGGGAGGACUUUCACCUUCACAUCCGAGUCCACCUCGACUGGGCACUGCAUGUACGCAUUCACCUGAUAUCUCGCACUCUCCGCCCCUUCCAUGCAUCCCAAGCACCGCCUCCAUGAUGAACGAUGAUUCUUGUAUCGAAAUUUAUACCCUCUAUCUGCGAGGAGCCACUGUCAUGGAUAACAAAUCCCUGCCAAUACAUCCUCAGCGCCCACCCGCUCUGCGCAGUAUGCGUCCACAAGCUUUUCACGAACACGUUGAGGACCCUAUGGGGCUCGGGUCCCUACAAUUACCGUGAUGACGGGCAUUUUUCUAUGCGACUAGUCGGUAGCUCAACAGAACCCUCCGCCAGAAUAAUUCUUACAGUGGACACCACGGCCUACC